AUGAAUUUUACCGAAGAACAAAUUUUCCCGGAACCGGAAGGUAUCGAUUGCAGGAACUAUCUACCACCAUUGCGGGUGUACUAUGCAGGUGAGUGCUGCAUGCGAGACAUCCAGACGUUUACAUUGACUAGCGUUACAAUUUCAGAGUAUAUCAUACCCUUGGGCUUAUCGCUGACCGUCGGCUGCAUCGUCUGGCUGUGGGUGACGUACGUGUUUGCCAAAGUAAUCAGACUCAUUAAGCAACACACCGAGAAGAGCCAGGUGAUGGUGCUAAUCAUUGCCAAUACGGUGUAUUUUACGGUCGUAACGUUCAAUGUGGUAGCACUGGUAAUACCGCACGUUGCGGUCAUCUGCGACAUUGUGCCGUUUGUCGCGUUUUGCUGGUGUAUUUUAGUGUUUUUCCGCUAUCUCAAGGAAUCGGUUGGAGGUGAUACGGCCAUCAUUGAGCUGUAUGAAACGAAAGCCAUCGAACCACCCCAAGUGUGUCCAUGCUUUCGGUUUAUUUACGAUAAAAAACGACAAUUACGUGCUAUUCGGUUCGGAAUUAUGCAGCUUCCCAUUUACAACAGUAUUGUGGCCAGUAUACAGUUACAGAUUUUCUCGUAUAGUAAGGAUCUAUUUUACGAUGUAUUUUAUAUCAUUUUACCAUUUAUAAUCACCUCGAUCGUGUUUUACGUUGGUGCAUCAGUUUCAUUCAUUAAAACCGUUGCUCCACUCCAGCCGGACAAUCCGAUCUUCAAACGAUUCUUUCUGCUGCAGUUGGUGUUGAUCAUCACCAAACCGCAGAUCAUUGUACUGGAGCUCAUUUACAACCUGUCCACAUUCGAAUGUACUUCAGCUGGUGAGCCGAAAGUGUACCUAAACAUUAUUAAACAAGUGCUAAUAUUGAUCGAAGUCGGGAUAGUGACUACUUUUUCGUAUAAAUUCUACACCACUCAACAACCUUCGGCGAGCAAAAAGUCGGGUGUAACUAAUACAGGAUAUGAGGCAUAG